GAACCAUCAGAAAACAAAGUUCAAAGAUGUCUGUUACUUACUUUCUUGUGUUGCUCCCUCGAGUGGUAGUUCUCUCCUCUCCCUCUCUUGCACACUAUGAUGAACAACCCAAAGUAUGAGCACAAACCUCUCGAGAUCAAGAAGCCACCAUUUUACAAACCUCCCAAACUAGAGAAGUCAUUCCCAGAGCCUAAGCCAAGGCCACCAGUUUAUAAACCUCCAAAAGUUGAGAAGCCUAACCCACCAAUUUACAAACCUCCCGAAGGAAAGAAGUUGUUGGAUUUUUGAGGAUAAGAAGGGAGGGAUUGAGAGAGGACUUGGAGGAGAAGUAGAGACACCCGGAGUUUCCUCUUCUGGUGAGGUCAGAACCCAUUUUCUUCCAUUGAUAUUCUGCUAUUUAUAGCAGAAACAACACAUCAUAACAUAGAACAUAAUAGCCAUAAACAUGGAAGGGUGCAGACAUUCACCCAACCGGAGAGGAGAAACCAUGCUCCCUUUCUCUCAAUUUUCAUCAAUUUCUUCCUUCCUUUUUAUAGAGGAAGGCUACACAUAAAGCAAUAAUAUUUUUCUACCAAAACUAUAAUUAUUAACUACCUAAAACAUUGACUAAAAUGAUGAAAUUUGCUGCCAUUUCUUGUAGCCCAUGUGAAGCUCCAUGCUGCUGUCACUUUGCUGCUACUGUGCAGUCAUGUUGCAGCAUCAUUUAGCAGAUCUCAUUUCACUGCAUAUUUAGCUUUCAUGCCAUAGCUCCAACAAACUCCUCCUUGGCAUUAAAGUUGCAGAAACACAAUUUUACUUUAGCACAUUGAAUCUGCCAUUUUCAGUUUUGUCUUUGGUUUGGUUUGUUGUUUGCUGCCAAGUAUUAUCUUCUCAAAUAUUUCAGCUCCUCUUGCAAAUCAGCUUCAUCUUUGUUAGAUUUUUGCUGUUUGAAAAAAUUCAGGAGCCUAAACAUUUUCUGCAACUCCACCAUUACAGCAGCUUUGUCCGUGGAUCUUUUUUGCUUCAAUACAUUCUCAAGUUGUGAUUUUGUGCUUGGUCUUGGCUGUUCCUCCAUCAAACUUCUUUGCCAUAAAGCCAUGGGGUUCACAAGUACAUAAACAUGAAGAGUUUUUUUUUAUAUGAAAAAACUCUUAACAUUCAGAAAUACAAACAUAAAAGAUGGUUGAAGAACAAAGAAUGAAACUGAGAUGUGCUC